GGAGACGAGAUAUAGUGAAUGCAGGGUCCGGGGAGACCAGAUAUAGUGAAUGCGGGGUCUGGAGAGACCAGAUAUAGUGAAUGCAGGGUCCGGGAGACCAGAUAUAGUGAAUGCAGGGGUCAUGGGAGACCAGAUAUAGUGAAUGCAGGGUCCGGGGAGACCGGAUAUAGUGAAUGCAGGGUCCAGGAGACCGGAUAUAGUGAAUGCAGGGUCCGGGGAGACCGGAUAUAGUGAAUGCAGGGUCCUGGGAGACCGGAUAUAGGGAAUGCGGGGUUCGGGGAGACCGGAUAUAGUGAAUGCGGGGUCCGGGGAGACUGGAUAUAGUGAAUGCGGGGUCUGGGGAGACCGGAUAUAGUGAAUGCGGGGUCCGGGGAGACCGGAUAUAGUGAAUGCGGGGUCCGGGGAGACCGGAUAUAGUGAAUGCGGGGUCCGGGGAGACCGGAUAUAGUGAAUGCGGGGUCCGGGGAGACCGGAUAUAGUGAAUGCUGGGUUCGGGGAGA